UGUCAAUGGAGGGCUGUGUUUGCAGCGGAAGGAAGGCUUUUACAGUAUGCGGUGUUUAUUUAGGCUAACAAACGCUAGUUAUGAAUUUUCGGAAUCUAAUGUAAUCAUAACGUUGCUUUAUUAAGUUUUCAUGCUGCAGACGAAAAGCGAGGACGGAGAGGACAACGGUGAAAGCCGAUUACUCAACCAAGCAGUGUUCAAAGACGAUGACAAACUCCUGGCCAGUCUUCUCUCCCAGGAUAGGUACAGGAAGUUCAUCAACAGCAGGAGUGGCUGGGGGAUUCCGGGCACACCUUUACGGAUGGCUGCAUCUCGGGGUCACCUCCGCUGUCUGGAGGUCCUUCUGGCUCACGGCGCUGAGGUGGACAGCCUGGAUGUGAAAGCCCAGACCCCUCUUUUUACAGCCGUCAGUGGGAAGUAUCUAAGCUGUGUCUUGGCUCUGCUCAAGGCUGGAGCCAACCCCAAUGGCAGCAUGUACAAUAACUGCUCUCCCGUGCUCACUGCAGCACGGGAGGGGGAUGUGGAAAUCCUAAAAGAGCUCCUGCGGCACGGCGCAGAGGUCAACGCGCGGUCCAAGGUUCUGCUGUGGGCUUCGAAUGCUUCAGUUUCCAGUGGACCGCUCUAUCUCUCCGCAGUGUAUGGACACUUAGACUGUUUUAAAGUCCUGCUUCUCUAUGGGGCUGAUCCCAAUUACAACUGCACUGAUGAGAAGCUCUUCAGGAGGAUCAAGCAGCCCAAGACUGUGAUGGAGAUGUGCCUGAGACAUGGCUGCGGUGUGGAGUACGUCCAGCUCCUGAUAGACUUUGGGGCGAAUGUUUACCUUCCCACACUCAUCAUAGAGAAAUCUACAAAACAGAAUGAAGCAGUGGAACUCUUGCUGAAGGAAAGAGGUUGUCCGAAAUCCCUGAUGUCACAGUGUCGUCUUGCCAUUCGAAUGCACCUGAAAAAGAUCAACAAAAUGCAUUGUAUUAAUGACCUGGAAAUACCACCAGUCCUGAAGAACUUUUUGAUUUACAGAACAGCACCCUCAAGAAGCUUAACAUUCUGACUCGACUGUGUGACUGUGCCUUGAUUAGACGAUAUUAUCAGUUUACAAUGUGGAUAACAUGACAGUGUUAGAGGUCAGUGCUAUCUUUUCAGUGAUUUUACUUUAUUUUAUUAGUCAAAUUUGUAUUUCCUUUGCCAGCAUAAUCUUGAUUGCUAAUGUAGCAUUUUGGUUUACAUUUUUCAUCAUUGUUCAAUAGAAAACAUCAAGAAGAUUAUUUUUCAUUUUCCCUUCUCUGUAGGAAUUUUUGUAAAUCUCUAGGACUGGAGUACAAUUGGAGUACCCUACUUAUUUUGAGGUAUUUUAAAACGUCACGGCUCCCGAUAAUAAAUGCUAGCGCCAAGCUUCUCUCUUAAGUGGAACCGCUUCAUGGUUCAAUAAAAUGCUGUCAUAAAAUGUUUGGCUUUACGUUGUUUAUUUGCCCAUUCUUCUUCUUAGUAGUAGUAAUUUGAUAUGUUGCUUUAUAGCAAUCAUUUGAAAAUGAAUGUACAAAGUUUGAGCCUUUCCAUUUAACUGUUACUGUGUUCAAAUGAAGUCUUGCACUUCAUGUUCAGCGUUUAAAAAAAAAAAAAGAUGAUCAUUGGUUAUUCGGAUUUGGCGAGAACUGGAACACUGAACCAAACUGCUGUGACUGUGUAUUUUCCCUUAACAACGCUAGAUGUCGUGGUAGCAAAAUUUAUCCAUAGAAUGAGUACGCAAGUAACACACCUAAAUCAAUGAGGCAUUUAUUUUUUGGAUUUGUUUUACACAAUGUUAAGUUACUUAAGUGUCAGACUACUAUUUAUCUAGAACUUAAAUAAAUUGUCCCCUACUUUAAACAUCA